AUGCCAAAGACCCAACACAAAUGCGACCUAUGUGGCAAACCACUUCGGAACCUGGCAGACGCGAAACGUGUUUACGAUCGUACAUGCCCUGGCUUCCGGGCGCUGCAUAUUCAAUCUGUGGCGCAUAUUCGGCCGCAUCUACCUCCUCCACUUCCUCCUGUUGAAGUCCAGGUUGAAGAAACCCCGCCAGAGCCUCUCAAAUAUCGCUCAAGUGGUCUGCCAGACCGUCAUCGUAAGGCUCCGGCACGGCUGAAUGACGCUGCCCCAGCCCCUCCACCACGAGUAAGACGACAGCAAAGAGCAAAUAUGUCAGCAGUCUCUAUGGCACCAGCACCAACACCAGCAUCCACAGAACCAAAAGCACCACGAACGUACAUCCAAACAGAGCCCAAUGCUUAUGGGCUGUAUAAGGUGUAUCCACGACGUCCAACGCACGAUCCUGAUGACGGCCUCACCAUUGUCGACCUCUAUCAGGUCCCCUUGCCGACCCAAAGUAGCUUGAAUGAACUACUACCCCCACCAGAGCCUUGUAUCACAUCGAGGAAGAGAGCGCGGGUUCUAUUGCUGGCUUUGAUCGACUUAUCCAAAACGUCCUUCGACCCAACGCAGAAGCCGAAUCGGACGGCGUCAACCUACACGAUCUCCCGUUUCCCUUUUCAACCAAAAAAAUUUUUGGACGACCUAGACAAAAAGGGAAUCGAGCCUCUCGGAGUAAACGAAAAAUGGAUCCAAGGAUCUGUUUUGCUCAAAUUGCCUUGUGCGGGUCGAAAGCAAAAGGAAAUUGACGCUCCAGAAUUUACAAUCACCGAUAUUCACUAUCGCCCCCUCCUCGACCCAAUCAGAGAGGUUCUCCAAGGACCGCUAUUCAAAAACUUUCACACCACACUCAGAUUUGACCCGACAUUUGAUCCCAAUCAAUCGACUUCACCCGACAUACCACUCGAUGAACACAAUCCAAGAUUGAAUGGCCAUGGCCUCCCCGAACUACCUCCUCAUCACGAAGAAGUUUUUGGAGAAAUCUACACGUCAGCUGCCAUGCUUGAGGCGUACCAUUCAAUACCGCAACCUCCGCCUCCUCAAUCUCCUGACGAUCCAAUAGAAAGCAUCGUCGUCGCCCUUAUGGAGUGGUCCAACGCAACUCACCUUGCUCAAUUCGGUACAGCAUCACUUUGGCCGUGCUACACAUUUUUCGGCAACCACCCAAAGGCGUAUCGAGGCAAACCAUCCUUGAAUGCUGGCUUCCAUCAAGCGUACUUCACAACCCUUCCCAACUCCAUUCGCGAUGCAUACCGGAAAGAGUAUGGACAGGACAUGUCGGACGAUGUUUAUAGACAUCUCAAACGCGAACUAAUGCAUCGAAUAUGGGACCUCUUACUCUCAGAGGAUUUCAUGGACGCCUAUGAUAAUGGAAUCAAGAUACGUUGUUGGGACGGCAUAGUUCGUCUCAUUUUUCCGCGGUUCUUCAUCUACGGUGCAGACUAUCCCGAGAAGGUUCUUCUGGCCACUAUCUGA